GCUUGUAAUAAAAUCUUGUAAACUUCCGGUAGUAAACAAAACUACGAUGUUUGAGAGAAGAAAUUCCGAUUGUUACGUUGGUUUUUUUUGUAGUAAUUAACUCUUAUAUCAGUCACUUGUGAAAACCAUAAGAUGAUACUAUUAAUAUAUAAGUCAAGACUAUAGAACUCAAACAAUAUGGCAGCUACAUUGAUGAGCAGGGACUGGGAGGGAAGAAUAGCAGUCUCAGUACUUGAUGGUUUUGGAAAAUACUUCUCAUCUGGAACCUUUACAGACACCCAGAUCCAUGUUGAGGGGGAAGUUUUUCACUGUCAUAAAGUAUUUCUUUGUGCUAUAUCAGAUUACUUUCGUGCCAUGUUUUUGUCUGGUAUGAGAGAAAGUCUGGAUGGUCGCGUGUGUAUAGAUGAUAAGCUUAUUAGUGGCUCGCUAUUUCGUGAUAUUUUAUCUUUUUAUUAUAAUGGAAAAGAUUCUGUUGUCACUGCUGAAAAUGCUGAGGAUCUUUUACGAGCAGCUUCAAUUUUACAAAUGAAUUGUCUUAUUGAAAAAUGUGAAGACUUUUAUCUUGCUCAACUCACUUCAGAAAAUGCUUGGGAAAUCUUAAAAUUAGCAAAAUGCCUGAACAGCCAAAUGUUGUACAAAAAAACAAGAGAAUUCAUUACAAGUAAUUAUGAAAGUGUUAGUAAGGAAGCUGAAUUCUUAGCAUCAGAUUUUGAUGACCUCUCUGACCUUUUGAUCAGUGAUGAUUUAAGGAUACAGAAUGAAGAUGUUGUCUGUGAAUCUGUUAUAAGAUGGCUGGGUCACAGUGAAGACAGAUAUAGCUAUGCAAAAAUCUUGUUUGGUUCUGUUCGUUUGAAGUUUGUUUCUAACGAAUUUCUGAAAAUGACUAAGAUUUUCUGUGAAGCAAGCUCUGAAUUAAAAGAAUGCAUUCCGUUAAUUUGCAAUAGUAUUGAACAACGAUCAAAGUUUCAUUUUGGAGAUGGUACUGGUCCAUCACCGAGAAAUUUUGAAGAGAUUUUAAUAACCAUUGGUGUUAAAGUUUCCUCUUGUGUUCUACCGAGGGUAAAUGGCUACAGUUUUCAACAAAAGACAUGGUUUGCACUAGAGUCACUACCCUUGGAUCCAGGUGUUGGUUUUGCUGUGUGUACAUGUAACAAUGAUGUGUUUAUAUCAGGAGGAUCCGGAAGAAAAAGCUACCUGCUUCAGUAUAUUAGUGAUGCAAAUGUCUGGCGGUCAUGUCCAGAUAUGGUGAAACGUAGAAGUUAUCAUGCAAUGGUGUCAAUCAAGGACAACCUCUAUGUUAUAGGCGGCUGUAAUCGCAACAAUGGUGCCCUGGAAUCUAUUGACACAUACAACACUAUUGAUCACACAUGGUCGGAUUUUGGUGACCUACAAUUGGGCGUCUAUUCCAUUUCAUCAACAGUUCUUAAAGAACAAAUUUUCAUAUUUGGUGGGCGUGGUCAGUCAAGUCGUAUGUGUCAUGAAAUUCAAAUGAUUGACGUCAAUCUUAGAACAUCAAGUAUUAUUUCUGCAUUUAGUUCUCCUGUUACAGAGAGUCGUGCAUUAAGUAUUAAUGAUGACAGUUUAGUUGUUUUAACCAAUGGGAGUGUUCUAAAAGUAUUAGAGGAUGGAGCUGUGUGUCCUGUUGCCACCAUUCCUAAUUUUGAUCGUUAUAAUUUUGGUGUUUCUUCUCAUCAAAAUUCUUUAAUUAUUUUGGGAGGUGAGACAAGGUACCCCUCGGAUACCGGAACAUAUGAUGAUUUGAUUAUUAUGAACUUAACUAAUGGUCAAAUAGAAAUUAUGCCUGAUAAACUUUAUCCUGGCGCUUGUGCUUUUGGUUGCAUAAAAAUAUUGAUGAAACGUGCAUUCUUAGCUUCGCCAUCUUCGUAAAUCAGCAACACUCAAAUAACAAAAGUAAAUUUUGCUAUUUUUAAUACAUACCGUUAUUUUUUAAAAAGGGUCAAAUGUAAAUUUUAAAGAAAAUGAAAAUUUUGGAAUACUGCUACAAUAGUAAUAUUUAAUGUGCAAUUCAUAUUGUUACAAAUUGCAUUCUCUGAUAUCCUUUUUUUCCUACACAGAAAUAAACCUAUCAACAUUUAAUAUUUUUCAACUGCGAAAAUAUAGUUACAUGUAUAUCUUUCUGUUUGUAGAUGAAUGUUCUAUGGAGUUGAUUUAGGCUACAUGUACAUGUAUUUUUGUUCAGAAUACUUAUAAAUAAAAAUGUGCCGUGCCCUCAAAAUCCACCAUAGAGCUUAUUGUUUUUAUUAGUCAGUCAUAUAAUUACAUACCUUUAAGUGGGCACAUAUUUCACUGCCUCACGGCAACCUAAAUAUUUUUUUUAUUUCUAUUUGAAUAUUGUGAUCGAUUUGAAUUUGGAUAUAUUUUAUUCUUUGUUUUGAUUUUUAAUCCUCUGUAUACUGUAAUUAAACUGUCUCAUAUCAGGACUCAAAUUCAUUCUUACUCCUCACAAUCUUUUAUUUGGUUUUGAUUUAUCCCACUCUACGCUGCUGUGUAAAAAACCAUGGGGGUGGGGGUGAAUGGUUAUGCGUGUGCGUUGGAUCACAAGGUAUGUUAUUGAAUCAAGUGGGCGUGGUUUCAAUUGCCUGUCCAACCUCAUGGGUUUUCUCAGGGUCCUCCCACUGCUUAAGACCCCUACAGAUGUAUGUGCAAAAUUUAAUUUUUGACAUGGUUGCUAUGGUUGAUCUGUUACAUCUACACAUAAUUUCCAGAUGUGAUGUAAAUAAUGGAGAGUAGUUAUAUUGUUGGAGUAAAGUAAACAAUAGUAACAAGUCAACUUGUCAGCUCCACACCAAGAAAACAUUCAGUUUAUGUCGGAUGGGAAAUGAAUAUAGAUUUGUGAUUUAUAGUUACUUUUUUAAAAAUUUAUUUGAUUUCAAUAGACCUACAUGUACCUGUUACUCAAUAUGUAACUACCGGUAUAACUUUUUGUUACAGAUCAACCAUAGAAAAGAUAGUUGCUUUAAAAUUAUAUCGGGAAUGUAAUCAGUUAAAUUUGGGUCCUGUUGACAAUUUCAGAAAUCGGGUAGCUUUUAAUCUGCUGUUUGUUUGUUUGUUAAUUAUUUAAUCCACUUCAAACAAAAUAUUAGACUAUAGUAAUUAAUUCUUUAACUAUAGUAUUUGGGGCUUUUAGGUUUUAAGCCGCCUUCCACUGAUCGUAAAUACUGUACAUGUAUAUGUCAAUCCUGAUCAAAAACAUGUUGUCAUAUAUUUUUGUUUGAAAUAUUAAUAUGGGAAAUACAUACUAUAUAAGUUUUAGACUUGUACCAUUUAGUCAGCGCAUAGGAAAAUGUAUACCACAAAUGUACGAUAUUAUACAAGCUGUGUCUAUAAUGAUUGACAGUUAAUCCUCCUUUUUAUAAAGUUGUCUUUUACACAUUCACCUUUAUUCUUUUACUGACAUUUUAUCUAAAAGGCAUUGCAAUUACUUUUGUAUUUUAAUUUUUGUAUGUAUCUUAUUUACAAUUGGGAAAUGACAGCUAUCAGGAAAAAGUCUCAUUUUGGGCUAGGUAACUGUAAAAAAAUUUUUUUAAAUAUUUCUAAACAGACAUUUAUUUUAUUUGGUCUUUGCCUAAAUUGAUGAGGUCAGGAAGACAUAUUUAUUGUGACAUACACUUGUUUAUCUACAAGUAUGACUUGAUCUAUCAAAGAUAUGAUAGUGAAAUUUGAACAUAUCUUUCAUCGAGGUGAGUUACUGUAAGAACAGAAGUAUUAAACAUAAAUUGGGUAAUGAUUGUUACUUAAUUUAUACAUACUUCAAAAUUACAAAGAAAAUUUCCAGUACCAUAUUUCCCAUUUUCUCUGUAACAGAGUGGGGCCUUACCUCAUUGGAGUAGUUCUUGUUGAAGAGUCAUUAACAAAGGUGAAUGAUAUUUAAUGUGACUUUUCUGUGACUUAUGUCUUAUUUGCAGACACAAUAUACUACUUUUCUUUCUCAAUAUAGACAGAGCUAGAAUAGAUGUUGUCAGAUUUCACAGUGUAGCAAUUUAUACACAGGUUAUGUAUUUUAUAGAGCUCUGUUAAUGUACAUUAAAGUAUUUAGAUUAUUAUAUAUAUAUAUACAUUUUGCCUACACUACUGGAUCACUGGAAUUCACACAGAAUAUGCAUAAUUAUUUCUUUCAUUCCUAAUACAUCAAUUCCAAUGCAUUUUUGUUGUUUUAGAAACUAUAUAAUGUGUUGUUGUUUGCAGUGUGUAAUUUGUUACUAUCUGCAAUAA